CAGCAGGAGGAGUCAACGAUCCUUCGCGAGGCAACAUUGUCUUAGCAAGAAGCGCGUCUCCUGCGUGGCACAUUUUCCUUAACCCUACGGAAAGUAUACCGAAUAGCCCGAUUUGAGCCAAAGAGAGUUUGAUUUAUCCAACAAAGGAUAUCUGCCUCGAACUCUUAUGCAACCCACUUGAGAGGCAACGGAUUAACAUUGAGGGAUUGUGGUUCAUUUUCUGACGCGCCCGGAUACAGCUUCACACCGAUAGAGAGGCUAAACUCAAGUCCUUUCGUCCUGACAUGGACACAGGAUUUGUACCCGAAAAGAAAAGAGUGAGUUCAGAGCGGAGGAAGGAGAAAUCCAGGGAUGCAGCGAGGAGCCGGCGUGGGAAGGAGUCGGAGGUGUUUUAUGAGCUGGCCAAGCUGCUGCCGCUCCCUCACAACGUCAGCUCCAGCCUGGACAAAGCGUCAGUCAUGAGACUGACCAUAAGUUACCUGCGUAUGAGAAAACUACUCGGCACCGAUGAGCCUAAACAAGAAGAGGAAACAGAGCUUGAUAUGAAAUUCAACAGUUCCUACAUGAAGGCUCUGGACGGUUUUCUCAUGGUGCUGUCUGAAGACGGAGAUAUGAUUUAUCUCUCAGAGAAUGUCAACAAAUGCCUUGGGCUGGCACAGUUUGACCUGACCGGGCACAAUGUGUUUGACUACACACAUCCCUGUGACCAGGAGGAGCUUAGGGAGAUGUUGGUGUACAGAACAGGCUCCAAGAAAGCAAAAGAACCAAAUCCAGAGCGCAGCUUCUUCCUCCGAAUGAAGUGUACACUCACCAGCAGAGGGCGCACCGUCAAUGUCAAGUCAGCUACAUGGAAGGUGCUUCAUUGCUCAGGUCGCGUGCACGUUAACAGCGUUGAAGCUGAGCAGAACAGUAACGGACAAAAAGAGCCUCCUGUUCCGUACCUGGUUCUGAUCUGUGACCCAAUCCCCCACCCCUCCAACAUCGAGGUCCCUUUGGACACCAAGACCUUCCUCAGCCGCCACACAAUGGACAUGAAGUUCACUUACUGUGAUGAGAGGAUCACUGAGCUCAUGGGUUAUGACCCAGAGGACCUUAUGAAUCGCUCUGUGUAUGAGUACUACCACGCUCUGGACUCAGACCAUCUCACUAAGACUCACCAAAACUUGUUUGCUAAGGGCCAGGUCUGCACGGGUAGAUACCGGAUGUUGGCCAAGAGUGGAGGCUUUGUGUGGGUCGAAACACAAGCCACCGUUAUCUACAACACCAAGAACUCUCAGCCGCAGUGUGUUGUUUGUGUCAACUUUGUGCUCAGUGGAAUCCAAGAAGAGAAACUGAUCAUGUCUCUGGAGCAGAUUGAGGAUGUGAAAUCGGUGAAAGAGGAGCCGCAGGAGGCAGGCGAGGUUGGAGCUGAGAGCGACAAGACUGCAUCAACGACGGCAGAAACUGGACCGGAGCAAGAACUGAUAAAGCCCUUUAAGAAGAUGAUGGAGUCAGAACCGUUUGACACACUGUAUGACCAGCUGAAGGAGGAGCCUGAGGCCCUCACCCUGCUCGCUCCAGCAGCUGGAGACACAAUCAUCUCCCUGGAUUUCAGCCAGCCUGAACCAGAACCAGAGAUCCACUUGCUGAAGGACACUCCUCUCUACAAUGAUGUGAUGCUGCUCUCCACGAGUGACAAGCUGGCUCUUCCUCUGUCCCCUCUGCCGCCCAGCGAGGUUCUCGGUCUGUCCAACACACCUGAUGAGGCCAAACCUGAGAGUCCCAGCGAAGCCCCACCCAACACAUUGAUCCCGGACAGUCCGGCGCAGACCGCCAGUCCGAUAGACUUUUGCUUCCCCAUGGAUUCAGAAGUGAACUCUGAAUUCAAACUGGAUUUGGUGGAGAAGAUGUUUGCCAUCGACACCGAAUCCAAAACCCCAUUCACCACACAGACGGAGGACUUGGAUCUGGAAAUGUUGGCUCCCUACAUCUCCAUGGACGAUGAUUUCCAGCUGCCCUGUGUCGCCGUGGAGGAGCCACAGUCUUCUGGAGCAGCCAAACCCCUGAAGCCUUCUCCGGUUGGUGUUACACAAGACGCCCUCAGCUAUCCCAGCUCCCAUUUCAGCCCACUUAGCGGUUGCACGGCCUCUCCAGGGCCUCCUGACACUGCCAGCACCGCGUCUCUGCCCACCGAGACACUGGACAGAGCUGGAAACCUGCAGAAAGAUGUCCACCUCUGCAGUCUAGCAGCUCCAAACACGCAGCGUAAAAGAAAGCUGAGUGAUCUAAUGGAGAUCAUCGAACAGGGACCUUUGCCCAAGGAGUCAGAGAAAGGCAAAAAACUAAAAGCAUCAGAGCUGGGAACAACCAGGACUGUCCUUUUGGUAUCAUCAGAUUUGGCAAGUCGGCUGCUUGGCACCACUUCCGAGAGCUCCAGUUCUCCCUUCACUCUGCCGCAGCUCACUCGCUAUGACUGCGAGGUCAACGCCCCUUUACAAGGUCGCCAGUGCCUCCUGCAGGGGGAGGAGCUUCUGCGGGCUUUGGACCACGUCAUCUGAGCCGGUCUCUCCCUGCUGGACUGACUGGACACUACAACGAGUCCCUGACAUUUUCAUCCCCCCUCCUUCCUUCCCGCCCUCCACCCCACACUUCCUUAUUUAUGUAUCCGUACGAGUUCGACUAUUUAGUCCGGCUGCUGUUCGUGCACAUCGUGUGAUAUUUGCAGCAUUCCACCAAGACAAACACCACAGCAGCAGUGUGGGUUUUUAUUUUUUGGGUUCGUGGGAUUGUCGUAGUUCUUGGUUCAUUUGUUUCUCCCUCUUCCUAGGGGGGGAGGGGUCUCUCAGCACACAGCGCCUUGACAGGUGACCCGUCUGCAACGGGUCACCAUAGAACCUGGCGCUACUGCCAGCAGUGUAUUGUAAGCUUCAGUCGCACAAUUUCUAUUUUCUUAAAGAAAAAAAUGACUACCAGCAAUAUAUAUUAAGCCUUUUUAACGUAGUUUUAAUGGGAUAUAAACAGUUCUAUUUUUUUCUUCCCAUACUUGUAUGUUGUAGUACUCGUACCUAGAAAGAUAUGGCUUAAACCUGAAGUGGGUUGAAUGUUUCCAUUUAAUGGCUGUCUUUGAUCUAAACACAAUUGUGUAGCAGUCUAGUACAAGUCACUUUAUUUGUUGUUACUGUACAUAUACCAGGGAAAUGUGUUCAGUGUGGCUUCACAGCUUGGUGUGAAGUUUUAUCUCAUGCAGGAUUUACUUUUUUUUUUUUUUUUUUAAACAUGAAUUGGAUUCAUGGUUUUAGUCAUUUGUGUGACGUUCUCAAAGCGGUCAGUUCUAAUCCCAUUUUGCUCAUGUACAUCCUAACACUUUCUUGCUCACUUAAUGGUAGUCCAUUUAAUACCAUUUCUUCUUGCCGUAGUUUUGAGUCACUCAUGCUACUUUUGCUGUUUAACAAUAAAUGGCUUUAAAAGAAAAA